GUCAUGUGACUCUUCCUGUGCUCAGCGUCUUGUGCUGCGGAUGAGGAGUUUGUGAUGCGUUUAAUGCUUUAAAUGAUGUUAGUCAUACAGAACCGGUGUCGUUGCUGAGCACCACUGUUUUUGUGAGUCGACACGUUUCUUCGGUGUCUUUUUUUUUUGUUGUCUUUUUGGCUGUAAUUAGCAUUAGCAGUAAGCUAUGUCGGAAGUCGAAGAGCAGGGAAAGAAACCUAGUGAGGAGUCCCUGGAUGACUCCGAGGAAGAAGACAGUGAGGAAGAACCUAAAUUGAAAUAUGAGCGACUGGCCAAUGGGGUGACGGAGAUUCUACAGAAGGAUGUGGCCAGUUGCUUGACUGUACAUGACAAGUUUCUGGCUCUGGGGACUCACUUUGGGAAAGUCUUCCUACUUGAUGUCCAAGGAAACGUCACCCAGAAGUAUGAAAUCAGUUCCGUGAAGAUAAAUCAGAUCAGUCUGGAUGAGAGCGGAGACCAUGUGGGGAUCUGCUCAGAGGACGGAAAGGUGCAGGUAUUUGGUCUCUACACCAGAGAGGGCUUCCAUGAGAACUUUGACUGUCCUAUUAAAGUGGUGGCUUUACAUCCACAUUUCAGCAAGUCAAGCAACAAGCAAUUUGUAACUGGAGGAAACAAGUUGCUGCUGUACGAGAGAAACUGGCUGAACCGCUGGAAAAUGUCUGUUCUGCAUGAGGGAGAGGGAACCAUCACCAACGUCAAAUGGAGGGCCAAUCUCAUCGCCUGGGCUAACAACGUGGGAGUGAAGAUCUAUGACAUCAGCAGUAAGCAACGAAUCACCAACGUGUUACGGGACAACUCCAGCUUGAGGCCUGAUAUGUACCCCUGUAGCCUUUGCUGGAAAGAUAACACCACGCUUAUUAUUGGCUGGGGAUCUUCAGUCAAGAUUUGCAUCGUCAAGGAACGCGACCCUACAGAAAUGAGAGAUUUACCUAGCCGCUAUGUCGAAAUUGUGUCAGCUUUUGAGACGGAGUUCUUCAUUAGCGGACUGGCUCCUUUGGCUGAUCAGCUUGUCACGCUUUACUAUGUUAAAGAGAAUUCUGAGCAUAUGGAGGAGGAGUUCAGGUCAUGUCCACGUUUAGACAUCAUCCAGCCAUUGCCCGAGAGCUGUGAGGAGAUCUCAUCAGAUGCUCUCACUGUCCGUAACUUUCAGGAGAAUGAAUGCAGGGACUACAGACUGGAGCACUCAGAAGGAGAGUCUCUGUUCUACAUCAUAAGCCCUAAAGACAUUGUCGUGGCUAAAGAACGAGACCAGGAUGACCACAUUGACUGGCUGCUCGACAAGAAGAAAUAUGAGGAGGCACUAAUGGCAGCGGAGAUCAGCUUCAAGAAUAUCAAAAGGCAUGAUGUUCAGAAAAUCGGGUUGGCUUACAUCAAUCACCUGGUGGAGAAAGGGGACUAUGAUGCUGCAGCAAGGAAGUGUCAGAAAGUGCUCGGGAAGAACAUGGACCUGUGGGAGAAUGAAGUGUACAGGUUCAAAACUAUUGGACAGUUGAAGGCCAUCAGUCAGUACUUACCCAGAGGAGAUCUGCGUCUCAGACCCGCCAUUUAUGAGAUGAUCCUGCAUGAAUUCCUCAAGACUGACUAUGAAGGUUUUGCCACGCUGAUCCGGCAGUGGCCAGGAGAGCUCUACAACAACAUGACUAUAGUUCAGGCAGUGAAAGACCGCCUAAGGAAGGACGCCACCAACAGAAUCCUGCUCACCACGCUGGCCGAGUUAUACACAUAUGACCAGCGCUACGACCGAGCUCUGGAGAUCUACCUGAGGCUGAGACACAAAGACGUCUACCAGCUUAUCCACAAACACAACCUCUUCUCUUCGAUUGAGGACAAAAUUGUCCUCCUUAUGGACUUUGAUAAGGAGAAAGCUGUUGACAUGCUGCUGGAUAAUGAACAUAAAAUAUCUGUGGACCGAGUGGUCGAAGAGCUGAAAGACAGACCCGAGCUGUUGCAUGUGUACCUGCACAAGCUGUUUAAGCGAGACCACCACAAGGGACAGAGAUAUCAUGAGAAGCAGAUCAGUCUGUAUGCGGAGUACGACCGGGGCAACCUUCUACCCUUCCUCAGAGACAGCACUCACUGCCCACUGGAGAAGGCCCUGGAGAUCUGCCAGCAGAGACACUUUGUCGAGGAAACAGUCUUUCUGCUCAGUCGCAUGGGAAACUGCAGGCGGGCAUUGCAGAUGAUCAUGGGGGAGCUGGAAGAUGUGGAUAAGGCUAUCGAGUUUGCUAAAGAGCAGGAUGAUGCUGAACUGUGGGAGGAUCUCAUCUCCUACUCCAUAGAUAAACCACCCUUCAUCACAGGCCUCCUGAACAACAUAGGAACCCACGUGGACCCUAUUAUCCUAAUCCACCGCAUUAAAGAAGGCAUGGAGAUCCCAAAUCUCAGAGACUCGCUCGUCAAAAUCCUGCAUGAUUACAAUCUACAGAUUUUAUUGCGAGAGGGCUGUAAGAAGAUCCUGGUAGCAGAUUCACUCUCCCUGCUGCAAAAGAUGCACAGAACACAGAUGAGAGGCGUUCGAGUGGACGAGGAGAACAACUGUGAAGCAUGUCAUGUCCCAAUAUUACCAUCAGAUACGGCUCAGCCCUUCAGUGUAGUGGUCUUCCACUGCAGGCACAUGUUCCAUAAAGAGUGUCUCCCCUCGCCAGGAACAAUGCCUGGCGGACAGUACUGUAACAUUUGCAGUGCCAAGCGAAGAGGCCCAGGCAGCGGCAUUCUCGAAAUGAAGAAGUAGUGUCCUCCUAUCUAGUGACUCCUUACAUACAUACUGCAAACUGCCAUUUCAUUUUGCAAGUCUUGGUGAAUAUUACAAAAUGAUAGUCUGGUUAAUUGACUGUACAUAUUUAAGCAUUUACAUUGUGUGCAGAACUGUAAAGUCCUUUUUUUUUCUUCUUCUUUCCUUGCACUGCUUAUACAUUGUUCAUUUGGCAUGAAAGCAGUUUGUACACUUUUUUGGUCAGUGAAGUAGAGAAACAGGAACCCAUGCAGGAACUGAAUAGUGAGUGGACUAUUUUAAAAAAAAAAAAUUAGGAGGAUGGGCAAAGUUAUUUGUAGUUUGGCCUUUAUCUCUCACAAUAAAAAUGAAUCAAUAUUA